AACAUUGUAUAUAGCAGGAUUUAAACUUUUACAAUGCACAUGUUAUAAAAACGGAUAUAUUUUAUUUUGUCUUUCGGUUCAAUGUCAAUAUAAAAGAUAAUUAUCCAGUAAACAACGGGUUUUACCCCGUAGGGUAAGGAUAUUGGUAUUUUGUAGUUUUGUGUGAAAAGUGACCGGUCAGAUAUCUGUACAAGGUAAUAUUGACUAUCAUAAAAACAUAGGAUAAGGAAGUGAAAUUAAAGUUUUGUUUACCAGAAUAAACGCUGUUAGUUGAGAACGGUAACGAGGUAAUAUUCUGUGAUUUAUUGUACGACUGGAAUAAAAGCUGCUGUUACACGUACGAUCACAUUACCUACAAAAUUACGUACCGUUAGACAGAUAAAUACAGCGUGACGACGCCAAAGUUUCAUUCCAGGGGAUGCAGUUUUCCAAUUUGGAUAUUAGUUACUUUUGAUGCGGAUGAAGGAAUACAAAAUCAUUAACAAAUUACAAUCCAGCCAUGCAUAUCUUGCUGAGUGGAGCCAUUAAGUUAUUUGCCUAAAUUAUUAAUUUUAAAAUCGAAAUAGAAAACAAGUAAAACGCAUCCAUUGAUUUUUACUUCCGUCAGCAUCGGCACACUAUAAGGACGAGAUUCAAAUGGAUAACACCAUUUAUUAGAAAAAACAACAGUUAAUAUUUCUGUGACCACCUUUAAUCAAAACAAAUCAUGUGUUUCGAGUGGCUCUACAAUACAGAGAGGUAUAAAGUUAGGAAGAAGGAGAAACCUAUGGAAGAAAAAGGAUUUUUCGGAAGAUUUGCCGACGCCUUCCGUCGUAAAGGACACAGUAUGGGUCUGGUUCUAGGCCUUUUUCAGCCGGAGUUGUCCACAUUUCAGCGGAAGAAGUUACUGUAUGAGUUCCACACAUUUUUCGAUCUCAGCAGGGAUGGAAGUUUAGAAUGGAAAGACUUUGACAUGGCAAGACAGAAAAUAUGUGUCAUGAGUGGUUGGAAGCCCGGAUCACAGAGGUAUCUGCAAGUCCAUGAACUGUUUAAAGAAAUUUGGAGGAAGCUGCAGGAUGAUGGGGACGUGGACUAUGACGGCAAGAUCUCAGAGGACGAAUGGAUCAAAAUGUGGGAAGCCUUCAAUAAGCAGUACAUUCAGGAGAUGUCAAAGAGCAAAGAUCAAAAUAUUACAGUGGAACUCCCAGGGUGGCUUAACAAGUACAUGGAGUAUAAGUUCAACCUCUUGGAUAGAACUGGUAACGGGUUUGUUGACGUUGAAGAGUACGAGUAUGUGAUGUCAGAGUUUGGUGUUCCCCCAAAAGAUGCAAAGAACGCUUUUCUUAUGUUUUCUCAGAACAAUGAAAAGAAAGUGGACUUGGAGUAUUUCAAAGAACUCUGUACGGAAUAUUAUCGGUCCGAUGACCCCGGUGCACUCGGCAACUUCAUCAACGGAAAAUUGGAUUUUACGGACUAACAGUGCAUUUUUAUUUAACAUUUAUUAAUUUAUUUUAUAUUUUGAUUUCGUUUCUUCAUUCUUGAAAAUUUCGAUUGAUGCAUGUUACGAGUUGCUUGAGAGCUAGUGUGCUGUAUGGUGAUUUUAAAGUUUCCGGCGCUGACACGUUGAUAAACGAGAAAAGUUCAUGUUAUAGAACAUUAAACAGAAUAAUCAUUUUAUUGUUCAUGCAUGUGCGGAGGAGGAAAUAUUAAAGUUUCAUUAUCAUGCGAACAUCGUGCUGAAUUAGAAUAUUGAAUCAUUUAUUUAGUAAAUGAGCAUUAUUCAUUAUCUGCGGGGACGCACAAUAUUGAUAAUGUGUUUCAAAUCGGAAGAGUUUUCUGCAGUUCCAUAGUAAAUACGUUAAUGAUU